CCAGAUCUGUGCUUCCUGCUGGUGUCUGGCCGGACGGGGAGUCCAGUGGGCCGGCCUGUGAAGUACAACGUCGUGGGAGUGGGGAAUCUGAUCGGUCCUCAGGUUUAUGUCACCACCAAUGGGGCUGUCUACAUCCUGUUUGGCUUCGGAAAUAUACAAGCGGUCGCCCUGCGGGACAUUUUUGUUCAGGCCCAAAAUCGAGACAGCUCACCACCUUCUCUGCAGAUAGAAGAGCCAGCGUGGGAGAAGCGAAGAUCCGUCAACCUGUCUGAGCUCAUUGACGUUUACAGUGAUGGUGUUGAGCUACUCCAGAUGGUGAAGGCACCAGAUUCCAACUGCAGCAACCUCCUGAUUACAACCAGACAAGGCCUGGUCCUGCUGCGUGGGCAGAAUCUUACACCUCACUGGACACUGAGCCUUCAGGGCCUGCACAGCCAGCCUACUCCUGGGUAUUUCACUGAUGACCAGACGUUAGACUUCCUUCUGCAGAUACAGGAUGGAGUUGGGGUGAAGAAGGUAAAACUUUUGGACUCAAAUCAGUCAAAACACAUAUAA